CCUCAAGAUGGCGGCUGUGGAAGAUAGAACGAAUUCGAACCCUUUGGUUCAACCCUUGUUAACGGAUCUUUAUCAAAUUACAAUGGCUUAUGCUUAUUGGAAGAGCGGAAAAGUAUUGGACAAUGCGGUAUUCGAUUUGUACUUUCGCAGGAAUCCUUUCCACGGAGAAUUCACGGUUUUCGCUGGGCUGGAAGAAUGUGUUCAUUUUGUAAGAAACUUCAAGUUUUCAGAUUCAGGUAAAUAUUUAAACAGUUGUUAUUCGUCAUCGAGAUUUACUAGCUGCUUUAAGAUAACUAAUAAGUUUACUUUUUCUGAUCAUAAUCGUUCAACUAAAAUCCAGUUCAAUUCUAAAUUAACUGUGGAACCGGAUACCCGUGGAAUAUUUAUAAACAAGGGAAAGACCACAACAUUAAUUAUUGAUAAUUAUCGAUUUACCACAGUUUAGACGAACUAGCUACCCAGCAGUUAAUUAUGAACAGUUUUACCGACUUGACCAUGCUAGGCGCAAUCUUUUUCUUUCGAAUCGAAUCGUGUUUGUUUGUACAGUACAAAGUCGAUGAUGGUCACAUGGUCACGCGAAAACAGUGCUUUUUGUUUGUCACAUGAUUUAGGGUAGAGGUUAGUUCUAAAAUUUGCUCCCAUAGCCCCAGGGAAGAACUUUAAUCCAUAAAAGACAACUGACACUCCCAGAAGUGACUAACAUGUAACAUAUGUAACUUCUUCUUUCAUAUUCAUAUAUUAUCCAGCAAACAGGUAAUGAGAAUACCCAAACUUAUCUGGUAGAAGUUGUUAUCUCGAUCUAACACCAAAUUCUUCAAACCAAUUUACAAGGAAAUUUGCAGCAGUUAGAAGGGAGAACUAACAAUUAGAUCUUGGAAGUUUUAAGGCUAAAGAAGUCUGUUCAAUCAACAUAGGCCUUUAUGGCUUCAACCUCAUAAAGUGCUGUUCACAACAAAACUGAUUCACAAAUAUCUUUUCAUUUAAAUUUCAGAUAUAUCUUAUCUCAAAACAAUAUUACCAGCAACAGUGGAAGAAGAUUUUUACAAGUUUCUUAGAGAUAUAGACACAAGUAAGGUUACUCUAAGUGCCAUGUUGGAGGGAAGCAUUGUCUUCCCAAAAAUUCCUUUGAUCAGAGUGGAAGGACCACUACCAGGUAUGCAAUGUGAAAUACCAAAGGCCUGUGAUGUUAUCUUGCCUCCGCCCAAAGAUUGACACAGAAUGAACACAUUUGUGAAUAGAACACAACUUGUUACAAUAACAUAAUUUAAUUUUGGCCAUAGUAUAUUAUUGUAAUUAUUAGUUUCUUGUUUAUGUAACAUAAGAUAGGUAUCUUUUAUCUUAUGGUUUAUUAAAGACUUCAAAAAGACUGAAAAAAUUAUAAAAAAAUAACCCUUUCACUCUUAAAAGUGAUCAACAAGUAAUUUCUCCUUACUCAAUAUCAAAACAUUGUCAAGUGCAAAUAUGAUGACAAGAAACAGAAAUAGAAAUUUUAACAUUUUAUUCUUUCAUCCCAUCCAGAAUGAGUAAUAACACUCUUCCAUUCUUAAAAGUGUGUAAUGAUUCCAUAGAUAUUUGGUAGUUUUUUUAUUCACUUCUGUUUGUUUUUGCUCAGUGAUCCAACUCAUGGAGACAACUCUCCUCAACUUAGUGAACUUUGCAAGGUAUAAUUGUUUAAGUGUUGUUGAGUGCAUAUUUUCCAAUGGACAUCUAUUGAAGUCAAUAUUUUCUCUUAAAUCUUUCAAAGUCCCUUUUAGUUGGUCAGUCCCCUUUGUGUUCUUACGCACAUAAAGCCUCGGCCAGAGAGUGCCAUUGGUUUUUUGUCUGUUGCCAGUCAGUCACUUGUCAGUCAAGUUUCCCUCAUGUCUUGCUUCUGUCUCUCAGUUCCUUUUAUAGUUUGCCUCCAAGUUUCCUGAGAUAUGUCUACAAAUGUACACAGUAACAAAAAUGGCAAAAAUUUGUCAAAUUCGUCACAUCCACUAAGCUGAUUUCACUGUGACAAAUUUGACUAAAAUUUCUUCAAAAUUGUCAAUUCUGCCAAGCUGAUUUCGCUGUGAUGAAGUUGACUAUAAUUUGCCAAAAUUGUCAAAUCCAUGAACAUUCACUCAGUUUGGUAAAUUUUGUCAACUCUGCUAUUUUCAUCACUGCUUAAGUUUCCUUGGGGCCAUCUCUCUUUCACCAGCCAUGGAAAGUCCAAUAGAGGACAACUCUAUAGAGGGCCUAGUCCUUCUGCAUACCCAAUAGCUAUGUGACUAUCAAAUAUAAUUACCCAAUUUAAGUAUAUUUAUUUAAUUGUUGGUGAAAUACACCUUAUGGAAUAACGUAAGAUGAAAAGCUUGCAACAUUUUCUGUUGUAAUGAGAAUAAACAUUUAAUGUAAUGAAUAUGUGUCAAUUUUCAUCUCAAUUAAUAACUAUUACAGAUGAAAGAUAUAACUCUUAACUGCUGUUUUUCCUUUAGCUUAGUAGCUACAAAUGCAGCUAGAUUUCGCCUUGCAGCUGGAUGGAAUAAAUCUUUGAUUGAGUUUGGGUUACGCAGAUCUCAGGGCCCAGAUGGAGGAUUGUCAGCAUCAAAAUAUUGUUACAUUGGAGGUGAGGAGAUUCCUGUAGUAGAGUCACUUUUGAAAUUACAGGAAAAAAAACCUCCCAUUUCUGUGAUUGAUGUUACCAGUAGUUUUUGUUUGUUACAUUGUUGUCUAGUUUUGCUUUUCCCAUCCUUGGUAGUGAGAUAUGCAUGUCAAGAGUUAAAUUUGAAAUUAAUAAAGUGGUUUUUGAAGUUACUUAAAUUUCAUUGUUAGGAUUUGAUGGCACAAGUAAUGUUUUAGCUGGAAAGUUAUGUGGCAUUCCAGUCAAAGGCACACAAGCACAUGCUUUCAUUACAUCAUUCACACCAGAUGAACUUCCAUCAGUUGGCAAACUGCAGCCUACAGAUAAGAGUAAGGAGCCUAGAGACUUUUAUCCUGUAGUGUUAGAUUGGCUGAAGAAAGUUUGUCCUGUGCUGCGUGUUCUGGAAAGUGAGGUCCAUGUCGGUGAACUGGCAGCAUUUUCAGCAUAUGCGGUGGCCUUCCCGGAGACAUUCCUAGCACUUGUUGAUACCUAUGAUGUGCUAAGGUACAGAAAGAAAGAAAGAUGUAGAUCAAUGUCAGUAUCUGAGCAACAGGGCACCUACCCCUCCCUUAACCCAACAUUAAUGGUAACUUGUUAUCAGUGAACUGUUGUCAGGCUAGGGGAGGGGUAGAUGGGCAGUUGCUUAGAUAGCGACAUUGAUUUUAAGAUAUAGUAAUCUGUGUGCCCAGUAGUGUCUUGUGACCUUGUUGAUUUUGCCUUAUGGCUGUGAGAAUUACAGACCAGAAAUGGAAAAGGGUGUGAAAACUUUGAAUAAUAAUUCUAAUGGCCAACUUUGGCUUUCUGCAAUGAAUGCUUUCACCUAAACUAUGUUGCAGUAGUUACUGACAUUUUUAUUUUUACUAGGAGUGGUAUCCCAGGAUUCUCUGCAGUGGCAUUAGCUCUCAACGAUUUUGGCUACCGAGCCUUAGGGGUGCGACUUGACUCUGGAGAUUUGUCAUACACCUCACUACAGAUCAGAAAAGCUCUAGAAAAAGUGGCAGAUGUGUAAGUACUAUCAGUUAUGUUUCUAGAUGCUGCUUAUUUUUAAUUGAAACCUUAAUCUUUCACCCCAACCUUGUAGAGUGUAUCGCUUCGCUGGGCGCCUCGUAAGCAGAUACAAACAAAAAAAAAGAUAACGUUGUGGCUGCGUGCUUUUACUACAUGGCCAAUCGGGCUGAUGGGAGAUUUACCGAACUAGUUUCCAGUUUCUCACAAUUGUACUUCGCUGCAUUUCAACCACGCUUUAGGGCACAUUAGUAAACAAGUACUUAUCUCUUUUAUAGAUUUGGUUUACCGUGGUUUGCUACACGAAGUAUUGUGGCUAGCAAUGAUAUUAAUGAAGAUACACUUUUCUCUCUAAAUCAACAGGUACCUGAAGAUUCUUAUGUCAUAUUUAUAAUUAUUAGUGAUUUCUCAAUAAGAACACGAGCAAUCGCUCCUUCUCGGCGAAGUCCGUCGCGUGAGUGAAAAAAUAACAUCAGUGAAAAAAAAUUAACGUUAGCGCGUCGCGCCUCAUUCGUAGUGACUUUUUUUUCACUCGCGCGACUUCACCUAAAACUACUCCUAGUCUAUUUCUCAAUUGGCUGGAAACCUAAAUCCUCGAAUUUGAUCGAUUGAAAAUGUCAUCCGCUCAUUUAAUUUGUUUGUUAUUAUUUUUUGUUCUCAGGGUCAUGCUAUAGAUUCUUUUGGUAUAGGAACUCAUUUGGUAACUUGUCAAAAGCAGCCUGCAUUGGGAUGUGUCUUUAAGGUAACAGAGGAGGGAGAGGCUAAUUGACUAAAUUCCUAAGAAGCCGUAUUGAGUCGACGAAGCUCAACCCUCGAACAAAAGUCGCAUUUGAGAGAAAAAUUACCUUAAAGCGCCGCCCACGAAUGAGCAUCGGUGCGAUGCCUCUUCGUGGAAUAUAGUUACCCCUUCUUUUCAAUGUCUCUUCCCAGAUUUUUCAAAAUGCGCAGUUGGUUUCUAGAGGUCCAGGACUUUGUCGGCAAGACAGGCCAGUGCAAUGUACAGAAAGCAAGUCAAUUUUUUUUUUCACAAACACGAGACAGUGGAAGGGUAAUUUAUUCACAGACUGACUCAAAUAAUUUCCAUGCCAAGUAGUCUGAUAUCGAUAAACGCGAAGUCAAUGUAAAAUUAUAUUUGUCGUAUUUUGAAGGGACGUGUUAGUCGCGUGUUCUAGUGUCACCUGUCUUUUCAAUGUUAUUUACUCGUCCAGCAAAUUUCUGAAGCAGUCGACAUCUGAAACUUAAAAAAGUUCAGCGUUUUAUUUAAUCGUAAGGCUCCGGGGUAACGUUCGAAAUGUUCCACUAUUUUUGACAGCUUGUUGAACUAAAUGGCGAUGCUCGAAUGAAACUCAGCCAAGACAUAGAGAAAGUUACGAUACCUGGAAAGAAGGAGGCCUUCCGUUUGUACGGUGGAGACGGUAGUGGAUUACACUUUGAUUACAGUUAAAACCCUCAAAUUUAUUGCGUUCGAUGACGUUGAUUUUUCCCCAAUGCUGAUCGGACGAAGUUAGAGUUUUUUCAGAUUUAUUAGAGCCUAACCUUUCCGAAGAAUCUAGGUUCGAGUCCUAGCCAGGUUCAGUUGUGUUCUUGGACAGAACACUUUGGUCGUAGAGUGUCCCUCUCCACCUAGGGUUGUAAAUCUGUAAUGGUGAACUGUAAGGGAAACUUUGAAUAAGGGGGGGGCUGAGUGGGUUACUCAGCAGUUGGACAACCAUCCCAUCCAGGUAGGAGGAGGAUAGGAGGGAUAUUCUUUUUUUUUUGCUUCAUAUUUCAGAAAGCGGGAUUGAACAGGGAUUAUUGAAGAUUAGCCUGACCUAAUGAUAGUUUCGUUUCGAAUUUUUACUCCUGAUUUGAUUCAGAAUGCUAAGUCAUCACAAAUUUGUUGUGGUUUUCAGGGCGGGCCCUUCUUGAUCUCAUGCUCAGGUGCGACGAGGUGCCUCCGUCUCCGGGAAAACGCGUGCUGUGCCGGCAUCCGUUUGAUGAGGCCAAGCGUGCAUAUGUGUGUCCUUCCCAUGUAGAACCUUUAUAUCGUGUCUACUGGAAAGAUGGCAAGGUGGAGUAGAGUUCUGUCAUUACUCUCUCUGUAUACGUUUCUCACAUUAGUGGUAACCUCCAGUUUGGGUGUAAUUAUUGUUGCGUCAGACUUCGGAUGUAAAGGUUCUUAGGCUAGGGUUGACAGAUUAACCACAUGUACUCCAAGUGAACUUCCCAAAGAUCAACUCGCAGCCUGGGUACCCAGUGGAUGACCUACUUAGGUGAAGGACUUGAAGUAAAACUACCUAGGCUUUGAUAUUUGCUAAACUUAUACGAAAAUUUUUAAACCAAGUUUAUCUGAAGUACACACCUACUUGAAAAUUUUUAUUCAAACUUCAGACCAUACUCAAUAUUUAGGCCUGCACCUAAGAAAUUUCAACUUUUUGUCCUUUGUGUGGUCAGUUUCUACGUCUAAGCGAGGCCCAUUUUGAUAUACAAGCGCUUUCCCACAACUCAUCUUUUCUUCCCAGAUUUGCAGCCCAUUACCACCUCUAUCGGAGAUUAAAGAAAGAGUGAAGGAUUCGUUAACAAAGUUUCGGCAAGACCAUCUGAGAGCCUUGAAUCCUACGCCUUACAAGGUACGUCAAAUCUUUUUAAAACAAGCAAGAGUGCCUGAAAUGCGAGAAUGCUUGGUUAGCUCAUGUUGUGCAGUGUCGGACCGCCCUGCGGGAGGUCGAGGAUUAAAAAAUUAUUGAAAUAACUGGAGAGAAUGUGUUGCCUUUGCUAUGCCAUCCGCAAAUGGUUAGACAUCCUAGUCUUCUCAGAAAAGGACGAUAAACCUUAGGGGCUAUCUCCUUUAUCUUCUUUGUACUGGUUAGUAGGGAACGUUAAAGAAUCCGCACACUUCUCACAAAAAGCAGGGAACGUAUCUUCCGGUGUUGUGGUCUGGCUUUGUUUUUUUUAAUUCAGGCCCUUUUAAACCCGCUUUAAAGCUGCACUGGGCUAGCCUGUCUCGGUUGUUUAUUUCUUAUGAUGGUUUUAAAAUAAUCUUUGGUCUAGGUUUGUUUUUAAUUACAAAACUUGUUUUGUUUUUUGUUUGUUUUCUUGUUUUUUAUCUGUUUUCACGUCUAAUGCUUUCAUUAGCGAAGGGAUGUUUAUUUAUUUAUCUUAGUAUUUCCUUACGUUUUCUUUCAGGUCUCUUUAAGUGACAAGCUGUACACAUUUAUGCACCAACUCUGGCUAAAUCAUGCUCCUAUUGGCGAAUUGUUUUAGAAAGCGAGAGCUUUUACAAAAUAUAGCUUCAUACAUCCACGUCACCUUACAGUAACAACAAUAACUUCCUUCUUCUAUCUUUUGUUAUCAGUCGAAGGGUUGUACACGUCCAAAAAAAGCUUAAUAUUAUUUGAAAGCUCCUUUAAUUUAUGAAGAAUUGUCUGUUCGCGCACUUUUAAAUUAAUUGCUCACUCCAGUAACAUGAGGAAAGCAUUAUUGUUAAUUAUGUUACAGCAAAUGAGAUUUCACAACAGAUUUUGCCAACGCACGUUUCGGAGAACUGAGUUAGUAUUUUUCCAUGUCAAUCGUGUAUUGUAAUAUUUUACAGGGGUACAGUAAAAUUUAUAUUUAUGAUCUGUCUUUUAAAAUAAUCAGCUACAGAUUAGCAUAUUAUAUAGUUAUAUAAACCGCAAUACGCGAAAACAGAAACAUUAAAUGUCAUCACGAUUUAUGAAACAUAAUAAAAGAACUUUUCUCAAAUGGUUCCCAUUUUAUUCAUAUCAUUGCAAAAUUUAAGAAAAAAUGACAUUAAGUUAGUAAAUGUGCUGAGAGAGGAGGGUAAAUAAACUGCCUAAGAUCUACUUAAUUAUUAAAUAGAUGAGGAAGGUAAAGAAACUAAAUACUUUAUAGGUUAAGAAAAUUGAAGAAGAACUGGUCGAUAAAUAAAUAAGUUGUGCACAACAAGGUAUUUAUAUAAAAGCGGUAGAAAACAUACAGUUUGAUUGAUUUAAUGUGAUGUAAUGUCUAUUAGUUUUAAAUAAUAUUUUAAAGAGGAAUCUUAAUUUUCCAGAACAUUAAAUAAAGAUUUCUUCAUUUCUUUAUUAAA